UUAAAAGGUUUAAAGAUGACGGAUAUUCUUAAUUUUGUUUUCUUCUUACAGGCCUGGCAACUGAGAUUUAGUCAUCUUGUGGGCUAUGGUGCCAAAUAUUACUCCUACCUCAUGUCCAGGGCUGUUGCCUCCAUGGUGUGGAAGCAGUGUUUUGCUCACAAUCCGUUUGAUAGGGUGAUGGGUGAGCGUUAUCGGAGAGAGAUGCUGGCACAUGGUGGAGGAAAAGAGCCCAUUCUUAUGGUUGAAGGUAUGCUUCAGAAGUCACCUUCAGUUGAAGAUUUUGUGGACGCCCUUGUUUCAGACUUAGACCAGGACUUCGAAACGUUUAUCACAGACUCAUGAAAGUAUUGAACUGAAUUCUUUUAUGGGAGAUAACAUAUAUCUUUAUAAUUGUGUUUACAAUGUUGUUGUGACUGGUUUUGCUUCUUGGUAAACACUUGUAUGUGUUUGAAUACUCACGUCUGUGGAACAGUAAUAAAAAGUUUUAUUGGAUGAUGUGA